UCAAUUGUAUCAGUUUAUGCCAUUAUCUUACAACAAUACAAAACUGCAUAGUUAAAUAAGUGGUUCUCUAGCUCCUUGUAAUUCUACCAUCGACACAUAUAGUGAUAGGUCUGAUAUGGAUGACACAUCAAAGCAGACAAUCUAACAAAAUUAUUAAUUUUUCCAAAAUUCCAAAUAAACAAUAGGAUAAAGUAAACAAAAUGUGGGACCUCACCACUUGGGGCACACUAUAUGAGGGAAUAAACACGCAACUCCAUAGGAAGUUUCUUGAAGCCUAAAACAUUACGCUGCUUCUCGAUCUUUUAACCCCCAUUAUUACAUAUUACUCCUUCCUACAUUAUUCUUCUUCUGCUUUCGUGACUUUCAGGGGACACUUUUGUUUUUAUAACUUACGCUUAAAAUCCUAUGAAUUCGCCGCCGGUUGACGCAAUGAUUACCGGAGAAUCAUCGUCACAAAGAUCUAUCCCAACGCCGUUUCUCACAAAAACGUUUAACCUCGUUGAAGAUAGUUCCAUCGACGAUGUUAUCUCAUGGAACGAAGAUGGUUCCUCUUUCAUCGUAUGGAAUCCGACAGAUUUCGCUAAAGAUUUGCUUCCUAAACACUUCAAACACAACAAUUUCUCUAGUUUCGUUCGUCAGCUCAACACUUACGGAUUCAAAAAAGUUGUACCGGAUCGAUGGGAGUUUUCAAACGAUUUCUUUAAGAGAGGAGAAAAACGUCUUCUCCGUGAGAUCCAACGUCGGAAAAUAACAACGACGCAUCAAACAGUUGUUGCUCCUUCGUCGGAACAACGAAACCAGACGAUGGUUGUAUCACCGUCAAAUUCCGGGGAAGAUAAUAAUAAUAAUCAGGUGAUGUCUUCGUCUCCGUCGUCGUGGUAUUGUCAUCAAACGAAGACGACUGGGAAUGGUGGUUUAUCAGUGGAGUUAUUGGAAGAGAACGAGAAGCUUCGGAGUCAAAACAUUCAGCUAAACCGUGAGCUUACUCAGAUGAAAUCUAUCUGCGAUAAUAUCUAUAGUCUCAUGUCGAAUUACGUCGGAUCUCAGCCCACUGAUCGGAGUUAUUCUCCCGGAGGUAGUAGUAGUCAACCGAUGGAGUUUUUACCGGCGAAGCGGUUUUCGGAGAUGGAGAUUGAAGAAGAAGAAGAAGCGAGUCCGAGGUUGUUUGGUGUUCCGAUUGGGUUAAAACGGACGAGAAGUGAAGGUGUUCAGGUGAAGACGACGGCGGUGGUUGGGGAAAAUUCCGAUGAGGAGACGCCGUGGUUGAGACAUUAUAAUCGAACCAAUCAGAGAGUUUGUAAUUAAAAACGAACGGUUUAGAUUUGUGGUGUAGAUAUGUGCGCGAAGUAGACGAUUACAGCUUUUUAAGACAAGCAGAGCACGUGUCCCAUCUGUUUCAAGAAGUUUCUGCAAUCUUGACUUCUUCUUUUAACACUUUGUGUUUUUUAUUAUUUAAUUAAUAACAAUAAAUGUUCUUUUUCAGUUUUGUUUUCUUCAAAAAUAGUUCGGCUGUUUCUAGACUUUCCUUUUUUGACCUUUUUUUAUUCUUCACAUCUUUUUGUGUGUUUUACAAAUAUAAUAAACGAGAAAUGAGGUAGGGAUUUCUUAUUAUAAGGAUAAGAAAUUAAAAUUUGUAAUGUAAUGAAGCAUCUGGAAUCUCCCGUUUGGUGGGCGCGAUUCAGGGAACGUGUUGUGGACCCAGUUUCGUCGACUAUCACAAGUACAUUUUUAGAUUUUCAACGACAUUAUGUAGA